UACAUGAAGCGGCGCCACAGCUCGGUGAGUGAGAGCCAGACGGUGGACAGCGGGGGCUUGUCGGGGGGAGACUUCAGCCAGGGGGGCAGCCCACAGCAUGGCCUCAGCCACCACCUGCACCAGCAACAGCCCCCCCAGCAGCACCUGAAGAAGGCUCGUGUGGUGCUGGCCCCAGAGGAGAAGGAGGCCCUGAAGAGGGCCUAUCAGCAGAAGCCUUACCCCUCGCCCAAGACCAUCGAGGAGCUGGCCUCACAGCUCAACCUCAAGACCAGCACCGUCAUCAACUGGUUCCACAACUAUAGGUGGGUGAAGAGGAACGGGGAGAAGGCUGGGAAAGGAUGCAGACCUGGGUCCAAAUGUUUUCUGUUGAUGUGAGAGACUCCCAGAACUGUGUCUGUGUCUGACUGAGGGUUGUUGGGGUCCUGCUCUCUCUCUUUCUAUCCUCCAGGUCUCGUAUCCGACGGGAGCUGUUCAUUGAGGAAAUCCAGCGAGGCGAGGGCGGUGAGGGUGGCUCCCCGUCCACCAGAGCGGGCAAGGCCAGCGAGGGCGACAGCUGCGACGGCACCGAGUCGGACGGCACGGUGGAGGGCACACGCCCCGGCCACGAGCACCACCCGGCCUCGGAGGGCGAGGGUGGGUCCGACCACAGGGACGAGGGAACCACCUUGGCCACCGGCAGCACUGCCGCAGGUACCAGUGGCCACCACAAGGGCGGUGCCCUGGAGAGCCUGUUCAGCUUCCCAGAGAGCAGCCAUGUUUCCUCUGUGUCCGUGGCUGCUACCGCCGCUGCCCGCAACCCCCGGGACAACAGCCUGCGCAAGAAGAAAGCCGCCAACCUCAAUAAUAUCAUCCACCGUCUGGAGAAGGCCGCAAGCAAAGACGAGCCCCAUGAGUGGGAGUUCUAA